AUGAAAUAUAUUAUUGUGCUCAACAAUGGAUGGAAAACAAUCAAAUCUCUAAAAAAUGAAUCAUCUCUAUUGUCAAGUAUAUCUCAUCCGCGAUCUUGCUAUAUUAGUCGAAGUAUUCAUGCUCUUCAUGGAUUUCAUAAUUCAUUAGAAGAUAUAAAAUCUGGAAAAUCUCAAGAUCCUAAUUUAUUAAAAUUCAAGGAAACAUCUACUUCGAGUGUUAUACAUAUAUUUUAUAAUAAUGAUUCUAAAGAACCACAAGAAUGUAUUGAUUGGGAAAAAAUCAAGCAAAAAGACGAUUUAAUUAACCGGACAAUUUCAUUAAUAAAAAUUGGAGAUAUAUAA